CUGUAACAAUCUCUAAUAAUAUGAUCUCAUUAAAGACAUAAAAUUUCAUUGAAAACCUUGCAAAUACCACAUAGAUUAGUUUCAUUAUAAUAGAUGUGCCUCCAUCUAUUUUGCGUUCGUACAGGGGAGGAAGCUCCUCUCAUUGCGUUUGCUGCGUUGGGUUUCAUGGAACGCAGUCCAUACAUUCGAUAAAAUGUCACAACAAGUAAGGAUUCUGCUGUAGGGUUUCAUGGACCUCGUCCAUUCCCUUCCUCCGUUGUUUUUGGCUUGCAAGCUCAUUAAUCCUCCUACUUCUGCACCUACAAAUCUCCAAACUUUCCUUCACGUUAGCGCAUUUGGUUCAAUGGACACACUUGUUUCUUCAGUCUAGAAUGUUCAAAAGUAGGCUAUUGUCUAUGUUCAUUGGUGAAGAAGACAAGAAAUAUAGUUGUCAACAAAAUCGCAGUUUACUCGUCAAAAGUCUUAGCUCCUUGCGGACUUUUCUAGGUUAAAAAUAUGACCACAUCCCACAUAAGUUUCACUUCAACGAAGAUUACAGAACCAGUAUGGAUUUUCCAAAGUUGUUCCUGCAUUCUUCUCUUCUAGUCCUCCAUUUCGCAUUUUCUUCUUCCAAAGACACCAUAACUAUAAACCAAACCAUUCAUGAUGGUGACUUUCUGAUCUCUAGAGAAAAUAAUUUUGCAUUGGGAUUCUUUAGCCCCGGAAGUUCCAGGUUUAGAUAUCUUGGAAUCUGGUACCAUAAAGUCCGAGAGCAAACUGUGGUGUGGGUAGCAAAUAGGGAUGAUCCAAUCAAUGGUUCCUCGGGAGUUCUAUCAAUUGACCAAUAUGGAAAUAUCGUUCUCCAUAGCUACCAUAACCAGAAAGUUCCUAUAUGGUCUACUAAUGUCUCAACAGAGGUUACAGAUACUUGUGUAGCUCAGCUCUUGGAUACAGGAAAUUUUAUUUUGGUCCACGAUGGAAGUAAAAGUACUGUGUGGGAAAGCUUUGAUCAUCCAAUGGAUACUAUCCUGCCAGGAAUGAAACUUGGGUUGGACCGAAGGACAGGCAUGAACCGGUUCCUGAUAUCUUGGAGAUCAGCAGAUGACCCCGGAACUGGAAACUUCUCACUUCAGAUCAACCCAAAAGGAUCACCACAGGUCUUUAUCUACUGGGGUAUAAAAUAUAUUUGGCGAGGUGUUCCUUGGCCCUUGAAAAGUUAUACAGAUAUAACCAAUGUUAGUUUUGUCAAUAAUCAAAAUGAGACAUAUGUGGUCUACUCUGUUUCUUAUGCUUCUGUUAUCCUAAGGUUAAUGGUGGACUACUCAGGACUUGUUAAGAAACUAAUUUGGCAUGAAAAAGAUGGCAAAUGGAAUGAAUUAUGGUCGGUACCAAAAUCUACGUGUGAUCCAUAUGGGCAUUGUGGUGCCUAUGGAAUAUGUGAUCCUGACUUUCUUAGUCGAAGAUUUGAAUGUGAUUGUUUACCGGGGUAUGAACCCAAGUCCCCAAGGGACUGGCAUAUUCUAAAAGAUGCAUCAGACGGGUGUGUCAGGAAGCGGCUAGAGUCUACAUCAUUAUGUGGGCAUGGAGAAGGAUUUGUGAAAGUGGCAAAUGUUAAAGUACCUGACACUUCAGCAGCAGUUUGGGUGAGCACGAAUAUGAGUCCAAGGGACUGUGAAAAGAAUUGCAGGAGGAAUUGUUCAUGCUCUGCAUAUGCAAGCAUAGAUAUUGCUGGGAAGGAGACUGGCUGUUUGACAUGGUAUGGCAAAUUGAUGGACACUGUACCCAAUAGGGAAGAGGGACAUGAUAUUUAUGUUCGUGUUGAUGCAGUAGAAUUAGCUGAAAUCGCCCAAAAAUGGAAUGGUUUUCUUAAAAGGAAGGAUAUGUUAGCCAUUUUAGUGGUAUCUGUUGCUUCAGCUUGGUUUGUCAUCAUCUUACUUACAUAUUUGUGGCUCAAGAAGAAGAAGAAAUGGGUGAGGAACAAAUGGAACAAAAGGUGGCUUGAUACAAUUGGCACAGUGGAAAAUCAAGUCGAAGGUAGCAUGAGUCAUUCAGAGAUUGCUUUUUUCAAUCUGAGCACCAUACUUGCUGCAACUAACAGUUUCUCUCUGGCUAACAAACUAGGCCAAGGUGGUUUUGGCGUGGUUUAUAAGGGUAAAUUGUCUAAUGGAAAGGAAGUUGCUGUGAAAAGACUUUCAAAAGAUUCAGGGCAAGGAAUAGAUGAAUUUAAAAAUGAAAUUUUACUGAUUGCAAAACUUCAACAUCAGAAUCUGGUGAAACUCAUAGGAUGCUGCAUUCAGGGAGAGGAACCGAUGCUAGUUUAUGAAUACAUGCCAAACAAAAGCUUGGACUCCUUUCUUUUCAAUGAAACAAGAAAGUCAACCUUGGAUUGGAGAAAACGCUUUCAUAUUAUCAUUGGGAUUGCUCGUGGAAUCUUAUAUAUUCACCAAGAUUCUAGGUUGAGAAUUAUCCAUAGAGAUCUAAAAACUAGCAACAUUUUAUUGGAUGAAGAAAUGAAUCCAAAAAUUUCAGAUUUUGGCCUAGCUAGAAUCUUCAAAGGCAACCAAACUCAUGAGAAGACAAACAGAAUAGUUGGAACAUUUGGUUACAUGUCUCCAGAAUAUGUGGCAUUUGGAAAGUUUUCAACGAAAUCUGAUGUCUUUAGUUUUGGCAUCAUAUUAUUAGAGAUCAUUACAGGGAAAAGGAAUAAUAGCUUUUGUCAAGAGGAUUCUUGCCCAAGUAUGAUAGGAAAAAUAUGGCAUUUAUGGAGAGAAGAAAGAGCAUGGGAGAUAGUUGAUUCAUCACUAAAGCAUUCUUGUUCUCCUGAUGAAGUAUUGAGAUGCAUCCAAAUUGGGUUCUUAUGUGUGCAAGAAGAUGUAAUGGAAAGACCGACCAUGUCGGCUAUCGUUCUAAUGUUAAAUAGCGAAAUUAGUCUCCCUUCUCCUAAGCAACCUGCAUUCACUUUCAGAAAGUCUAGUAUUAUUAGGUCUAGCUCAUUAGAACCAAAAGAAGGAUUUUGUUCUGUGGAUGAGGAGACAAUUACUGAGGCUGUAUUCCCACCUAAGUUUCACUUCAACGAUGAUUACAGAACCAGUAUGGAUUUUCCAAAGUUGUUCCUGCAUUCUUCUCUUCUAGUGCUCCAUUUCGCAUUUUCUUCUUCCAAAGACACAAUAACUAUAAACCAAACCAUUCAUGAUGGUGACUUUCUGAUCUCUAGAGAAAAUAAUUUUGCAUUAGGAUUCUUUAGCCCCGGAAGUUCCAGGUUUAGAUAUCUUGGAAUCUGGUACCGUAAAGUCCGAGAGCAAACUGUAGUGUGGGUAGCAAAUAGGGAUGAUCCAAUCAAUGGUUCCUCGGGAGUUCUAUCAAUUGACCAAUAUGGAAAUCUGGUUCUCCGCAGCUAUCAUAACCAGAAAGUUCCUAUAUGGUCUACAAAUGUCUCAGUGGAGGUUACAGAUACUUGUGUGGCUCAGCUCUUGGAUACAGGAAAUUUGAUUUUGGUCCACGAUAGAAGUAAAAGUAAUGUGUGGGAAAGCUUUGAUCAUCCUACGGAUACUUGGCUGCCAGGAAUGAAACUUGGGUUGGACCGAAGGACAGGCAUGAACCGGUUCCCGAUAUGUUGGAGAUCAGCAGAUGACCCUGGAACUGGAAACUUCUCACUUCAGAUCAACCCAAAAGGAUCACCACAGUUCUUUAUCUACUGGGGUAUAAAAUAUAUUUGGCGAGGCAUUCCUUGGCCCUGGAAAAGCUAUGCAGAUGCAUCCAAUGCCAGUUUUGUCAACAAUCAAAAUGAGACAUAUGCGACAUACUCUGUUUCUGAUGCUUCUGUUAUUCUAAGGUUAAUGUUGGACUAUUCAGGACUUGUUAAGAAACUAAUUUGGCAUGAAAAAGAUGGCAAAUGGAAUGAAUUCCGGUCGAUGCCAAAAUCUACAUGUGAUCCAUAUGGGCAUUGUGGUACCUAUGGAAUAUGUGACCCUGACUUUCUUGGUCGAAGAUUUGAAUGUGAUUGUUUACCGGGGUAUGAACCCAAGUCCCCAAGGGACUGGCAUAUUCUAAAAGAUGCAUCAGGCGGGUGUGUCAGGAAGCGGCUAGAGUCUACCUCAUUAUGUGGCCAUGGAGACGGAUUUGUGAAAGUGGCGAAUGUUAAAGUACCUGACACUUCAGCAGCAGUUUGGGUGAGCACGAAUAUGAGUCCAAGGGACUGUGAAAAGAAUUGCAUGAGGAAUUGUUCAUGCUCUGCAUAUGCAAGCAUAGAUAUUGCUAGGAAGGAGACUGGCUGUUUGACAUGGUACGGCAAAUUGAUGGACACUGUGUACAAUGGGGCAGAGGGAUAUGAUAUUUAUGUUCGUGUUGAUGCAGUCGAAUUAGCUGAAAUUGCCGAAAAAUGGAAUGGUUUUCUUAAAAGGAAGGAUAGCUUAGCCGUUUUAGUAAUAUCUGUUGUUUCAGCUUGGUUUGUCAUCAUCUUGUUUACAUAUUUGUGGCUCAAGAAGAAGAAGAAGAAAAGGGUGAGGAACAAAUGGAACAAAAGGUGGCUUGAUACAAUUGGCUCAGUGGAAAAUCAAGUCGAAGGUAGCAUGAGUCAUCCAGAGAUUGCUUUUUUCAAUCUGAGCACUAUACUUGCUGCAACUAACAGUUUCUCUCCAGCUAACAAACUAGGGCAAGGUGGUUUUGGUGUGGUUUAUAAGGGUAAAUUGUCUAAUGGAAAGGAUGUUGCUGUGAAAAGACUUUCAAAAGAUUCGGGGCAAGGAAUAGAUGAAUUUAAAAAUGAAGUUUUACUGAUUGCAAAACUUCAACAUCAGAAUUUGGUGAAACUCAUAGGAUGCUGUAUUCAGGGAGAGGAACCGAUGCUAGUUUAUGAAUGCAUGCCAAACAAAAGCUUGGACUCCUUUCUUUUCAAUGAAACAAGAAGGUCAAUCUUGGAUUGGAGAAAACGCUUUGAUAUUAUCGUUGGGAUUGCUCGUGGAAUCUUAUAUAUUCAUCAAGAUUCUAGGUUGAAAAUUAUCCAUAGAGAUCUAAAAACCAGCAAUAUCCUAUUGGAUGAAGAAAUGAAUCCAAAAAUUUCAGAUUUUGGCCUAGCUAGAAUCUUCAAAGGCGACCAAACUCAUGAGAUGACAAACAGAAUAGUUGGAACAUUUGGAUACAUGUCUCCAGAAUAUGUGGUGUUUGGAAAGUUUUCAACGAAAUCUGAUGUCUUUAGUUUUGGCAUCAUAUUAUUAGAGAUUAUUACAGGGAAAAGGAAUAAUAGCUUUUAUCAAGAGGAUUUUUACCCAAGCAUGAUAGGAAAAAUAUGGCAUUUAUGGAGAGAAGAGAGAGCAUGGGAGAUGGUUGAUUCAUCACUAAAGCAUUCUUGUUCUCCUGAUGAAGUAUUGAGAUGCAUCCAAAUUGGGCUCUUAUGCGUGCAAGAAGAUAUAAUGGAAAGACCGACCAUGUCAGCUGUCGUUCUAAUGUUAAAUAGCGAAAUUAGUCUUCCUUCUCCUAAGCAACCUGCAUUCACUUUCAGAAAGUCUAGUAUUAUUAGUUCUAGCUCAUUAGAACCAAAAGAAAGAUUUUGUUCUGUGGAUGAGGAGACAAUUACUGAGGUUGUAUGUCGUUAAAUAUCUCUCUCAUCAAUUACAUAAAUUUUUAAUAUAGAAAUUCAAAAUA